UUUGAUAUCUUCAAUCCUCAUGGCAAACCAACCACAACUCUCUGCAACCGCCAUUAUCAGCCCUCAAUACUGUGCUCCAGCUACACAUCCAAUUGAUUUGAUAAUCACAAAGGAGUGGACUGGGAGAAAUAACUUCACUGUCACAGACACCAACAACAACCUUAUUUUCAAAGUUAAAACUCCUCUCGUAACCAUGGUAACACCCCGCCAACACCGGUUCUUGUUUGAUGCUAACAGAAACCCCAUUCUCCAUCUUCGUAGAUCGCUGCUGGCUGCAGAUGAUAAAUGGAAAGCAUUUAGAGGUGAAAGUGAAGCGCCACAGGAUCUUGUCUUUACUAGGGAGCGAUCCUCGUUUAUGCAGCUAAGGACUAAAUUAAACGUGUCUUUGGCAAAUAAUACAACAACACAAGCUUGUGACUUCACUGUCAGAGGAAAUUUAUUUCAAAAUUCUUGGAAAGUUUACAUUGCCAAUUCUGACAAUCUUGUUGCUAAGAUUAAGAAGGAGCUGGGCACUAUGUUUAUCACAGAAAAAUUCAUGGUCACUGUGUCUCCCAACAUGGAUUAUGCAUUCAUUGUGGCUCUAGUUGUCACCCUUGAUUAAGUAUAUUUAACCCAAAAUGAUAUGUGUAUGUAGUAGAAAAUCCUAACCAGCUCAAAAUCUCUGCAUAUUGUUAUUGCUAAUAUUAAUGACCGCUUAUUGAACAGGCACAAUAAUAUAUUUAAGUUCUUGAAAAAAAGUAAGCUAGGGGUCGAUAUGUAAUUAGACAUUUUCUAAGCAUAGGUGCACACUAUACAAUAUGCAAUUUUGUUAAUAAGAAAACUGUCAUCUUCAACUGC